CCUAAUUGGCCGUGUCCGUUAAGUCCUUUCUUUUCCGAAGGAUCUAACUUUCUCCCGGAACUCCGACGCCGAAGCUCAAAUGGAAAAAGAACAUGAGCUCCAGAAGCUAAACAGUCAAGUUUCUGCUCCACGAGACGGAGAUGUAGAAGAUGACGAUCCACUAGUGUUGAGCUCUCAAGCUUUGGCGGCGCUCCAGGAAUUUCUAGCCGACCAGGACAAGGCUGUUGCGAGCACGCCACUUGCGUCUUCCGUCGCCGGAGAAGAGGCUUCCGAUAAAGUGGAGCUGGUUACGGAGGAUUGGAGACUCAGCCAGUUCUGGUACGAACCUGAAACCGCAGAGACUGUAGCAGAGGAAGUGGUCACUCUCUCUAGUAGAUUCUCAGGCUGCAGAGUCGCUUGCAUUGCUUGCCCUACUCUCUACGUUCAUCUCAAGAAAAGGGAUCCGAGUCUUCAGGUGCAAUUGCUUGAGUACGAUAUGAGAUUCGAGAGAUAUGGAAAUGAGUUCACUUUCUAUGAUUACAACGAACCAGAAGAUCUGCCGCUUCAGCUGAAACAUUGCUUCCAUGUAAUCGUUGCAGAUCCUCCCUACUUGAGUAGGGAAUGCCUGGAAAGAGUUAGUCAAACAAUUUCGUUUCUCGCAAGCCCAGUAGAUUCAUUGUUGCUUCUUCUCACAGGAGAGGUGCAGAGAGAACAUGCAGCUGAGCUAUUAGGUGUUCGUCCUUGUGUGUUUAAGCCUCAUCACUCUAGCAAACUCGGAAACGAAUUUCGACUGUUUAUAAGUUAUGAUCCAGGUACCAGAUUAGGAGGCUUGGAAGAAGACAGCUAGUUGUCCAUCUUUGUUGAUUUACUUGUUUCCGGCAUUUCAAGCCCAUCAUCCUCUUGCACUGGAGGAAGGGUUGUGGUGGGGAACGCUUAUGUGUGUUGCUUCCCUCUCAUCCUAUCUCUCAGCUCUCUGUUCUUGGAUAUUUUUAAUCCAUGUUCUCUUUGGUGACCUCACUGUCUACAAUCGUUCUCUGUUCUGUAUCUUGUUGCAACCACUGAACCCCAUAUCUCAACCCUGAAUCUCUGAUAUAUACUUUACGUUAUCAAAUCUCAACAUAUUUACCAAAA